CAGCUGUCAGGUCACAUGGUGGCUGAUUGUCAGCUGGUUGACAGGAUCACAUUUCGGCUGCUGGGAACUCUGUGUUGUGCCUGAGAGAGUUGUGCGAAUUAAGAGUUGGAAAUCUUUACCCAGAAGUCCAGUGAUGGAGGGAGGCACAUUGGAGGACCAGCUACUCCGUCAUGCUAAAGAGGGAAGUUGUCCUCAUGUUCGGAGGCUCCUUAAGUCGAGAAUCUCCCAAAACAGCUCUUUGAACAUCAACUGCAGAUCCAGGUCUAAGACCAGUUCAGGAUGGACUCCCCUCCAUCUGGCUUCUAAGUUUGGACACAGGGAUGUUGUGGAAGAGUUACUCAAGGCAGGCGCUCAUGUGAAUUUGCAGAAUAAUGUGGGCGACACGGCUCUACACAAAGCUGCAAGUACAGGUAGAAAGGAGAUUGUUCUGCUGCUGCUGCGCUACGACGCCUGUGCCAGCAUAAUCAAUGGAACAGCUCAGAUCCCUAAAGAUGUCACAGAGGAUGAUGAAAUCAUUACCAUGCUGGAGGGUAUGAAAUCCUGGGAGCAUUUCUUUCAAUGGCUGAUGGCUCCUCAUUACUGGAGAUCAGCCGCCUUUGUUCUCAAGUACUGUUUGGUUUGUGCAGCUGCCGAGAGGAGAGAGACAAGGCGGCGGGAGGAGAAGCUUCUGGAAGCAGCCAGAGAGGGGGAUAUCUCCGCUCUCUCUAAAUUGCUCAGUGGAAAAGAGGCUCUAGAUGUCCACUGCAGGGAUUCAAUGGGGAACACGCCUUUACACUGUGCAGCCUACAGGGGGCAGAAGCAGUGUGUUAUAAAGCUGCUCAAGUCUGGAGCCAGCCCCAGUAUCAAGAACAACAAUGAGCAGACAGCGUUGGAUCUGGGUCGUACUGAUGAACUGAAACAGAUUCUAGCAGCAUAUCGAGAAAAGGAUGUGACCCGUGGGGUGCAGAAGAUUGAAGGGCCUCUUUGGAAGAGUUCACGCUUCCUCGGAUGGCGAUCCCACUGGGUGGUGCUUGAGAAUGGAACCAUCUCCUGGUACCCCAGACAAGCUGAUGCUCUGACUGGGGUUAGAAAACAGGGCUGUAAAUCUCUUUCACAAGCCUACUGCAUGAUCAAACCGUGGGAUCAUUGCUUCUUCAUGCUCAGGUGCUUUGAUGACUCUGUACAUUACUUUAAGGUGCCCUCUAAGGCAGAUUCCAUAGCAACGAGAAAAAAAUGGUUGGAUGCUUUGGAGGAACAUUCGUCGUAUAGCACUCGCCACUGCACACAAGAACAGACUGUUGAUGAAAUAAUAGGUGGCAGUGGUGUGGAAGUGGAGAGUCUGACACAAGCUGUUCAGGCGGUCAGAACCUGCCAGCAGAAACUGGACAGUGAGGUGUCAAUAUUUGUAACCAUGUUGAAGAAUGAGGAGAAUUUUGCACUUGCUGCACCUCUUCUACUGAAAGCCAAAGAGACCAGUGAACUUUUCACUGAAGCUUGUGCUGCCGUCCAUCUCUGCCUUGAGGUGCUGUCAAAACAAGAGGAGGUGUGGAGCCUGAAGUUAGAACAGGAGGUGGAGAAAAACAAAGCUCUGACAGAAGCACUGCAGACUUUGGCAACCGAACACCACGAACUCAAGCAGUCAUUGAGUAAGAGCAGGAGGUCGUCUACCCUCAGUACCCUCAAUGAAGAUGACUUCUAUGAUGCUGUGUCAGAGUCUGAGUCGGAGCUCUCUGUGAGCGGCUUCCUGUCUGUGGCCAGUUACUCCUGCGAAGAGGACGAGGGGAGAGACACCCCCCUUCCCAACAGCCUCCGCCAUCCCAGCGCACACAGGGGGCCUACCGGAAUGUCAGGGGAGGGUAACCAUGGCAACCAACCGGCCCAGUACAAUGGAGUCAAGGAGCACAGAACCUCUCUACCGGCUCCCAUGUUCUCCAGGAAUGACGUGAGCGUCUGGAGUAUACUGAAAAAAUGCAUCGGCAUGGAGUUAUCAAAGAUUGCUAUGCCUGUGAUAUUUAAUGAGCCUCUGAGCUUCCUCCAGCGGCUAACAGAAUACAUGGAGCACACCUACCUCAUCCACCAGGCAAACGCCACAACCGACUCCGUAGAGAGGAUGAAGUGUGUUGCAGCCUUUGCUGUGUCAGCUGUAGCAUCACAGUGGGAGAGGACUGGGAAGCCCUUCAACCCACUGCUGGGGGAGACAUAUGAGCUAAUAAGAGACGAUUUGGGCUUCAGGUGGGUGUCAGAGCAAGUGAGCCAUCACCCUCCGGUUAGUGCCUUUCAUGCUGAGGGCCUGAAGGAGGAUUUUGUGUUUCACGGUUCCAUCUACCCCAAACUCAAGUUUUGGGGAAAGAGUAUAGAAGCUGAGCCUAAAGGAAUCAUCACACUGGAGUUACCUAAGUAUAACGAAGCCUACACCUGGACAAACCCCACCUGUUGUGUCCACAACAUCAUUGUCGGUCAGCUUUGGAUCGAGCAGUACGGCAACGUGGAAGUGAUCAAUCACAAGACCGGAGAGAGAUGCAGCAUGAUGUUCAAGCCCUGUGGCCUCUUUGGAAAAGAGCUCCAUAAAGUCGAGGGCUACAUCUUAGAUAAAAGCAAAAAGAAGCUAUGUGCAAUAUACGGCAAAUGGACUGAAUGCCUGUACACAAUAGACCCUGCUGCAUUUGAUGCCCACAAAAAGAGCGACAAAAAGAAUUCAGAUGAUAAAAAGGGCAACAAACAGAGCAGUGUGGACGAGGAGCCAGAAGAGAUGCCUCCACCCGACGCAGAGACAGUCCAGGUCAUCCCGGGCAGUGAGCUCAUCUGGAGGAUAACACCUCGACCAGACAACUCAGCCAAGUUCUACGCCUUCUCCACAUUUGCCCUGCAGCUCAACGAGCUGGAGAAGAGCAUGGAGGGAGUCCUUCCUUCCACAGACAGUCGCCUCCGACCUGACAUCCGCGCCAUGGAGAACGGAGACAUAGAUCUGGCAAGCGCAGAGAAGAAGAGACUGGAGGAGAAGCAGAGGAUGGCCCGGAAAAAUCGCAGCAAAUCAACAGAGGAUUGGAAAACGAGGUGGUUUCAGCAAGGGCCCAACCCACACAACAAAGCUCAGGACUGGCUCUACUUGAAAGGCUACUGGGACAGGAAUUACCCUCAGCUGCCUGACAUUUACUAACAAGUGAAAACACACACAAGUACCAUACACAUGGAUUUCAGCACCUUUGGACUUCAUAUGCUGUACCGGGGAGUGCACUCCCAGCAUAAGCAACAGUGUAAUUGAAUCAGCUCGGAACAGCAGACAGUGUGUGGGCUUUAAUGUGUAAAAAAUAAAUAUGCUCAAAAUGUAUAAAAAUCAGUGAAACAAAUAAGCACAAUUCGUUUUCUUUAGUAAUUGUGGUGCUUUGCCUCUAAGUAAGGUUUGUCAUGUACAGGGAAAAACAAUAGAAUGUAUUUAAGAAAUAUGUCUUGUUAGAUAGAUGGAGUGUUUAAACAGCAACCUCGAUGUUUUAUGGUUUGCAGUUUGUCCAGAAUUCCUAGAGAAACAUUUUACUAAUCAGCUUUAGUGCAGAGGAGGCGCGUCACUCCAGACAGCUAGGAAUGGAGAACGUGGCGUAACCUGAAUGCAGCUUUAAGAUACACUACUGACACUUGUGCAUGCAUUACGCAGUGCAGAGUAUUAAUCUAGAUCCUUUUGGCCUUUGUUUUCACUUCCUAGUACAGUGAGUGGUGCAGAUAUUUAGAGUAACUGAUUGUGUUAGAAAUUAGCCUAAUUGCUUGGUUGCAAAGGCUCCUACUAUCAACUGUAAAUCUGUGUCUAUUUCCUUGCAAGUAAAAUAUGACAGCUGACCAUAGCGAUGGCCGGGACUGAUGGUAAGGCUUAGGUUUGAACAAUAAAACAUCACUUAACUAUGUACUGUAUAGAUGUGUAUAGAGACGAUUAACAACAUUGCGUAAGUCUAUCUGACACUGUAAACGUAGCACUCACUAUACUGAAGCAGGGACACUGGUUCUGCACUUAAAGAUUUGUUUGUGUGUGUGUGUCUUGCCAUAGAUUAGUAUGUGGUAUCCGUGGUGAUAUUCUUAGUGCACUGAUCUAAUUGACAUCUAACCAUCACAAUAAAUGCAUGUACAUCAUUAUAACUAUGCAAGCCUUACCUCCUUCUCAGUAAAGCACUGAAUAUCCAUUUUCUUACAGAUAGCUGCUACAUGUAUGUUUUCUGUUGUCACUCGUUUGGAUAUUAAAACAGAAUUUCUAUUAAAUAAAAGCUUAAUGUUCAUUGAA